GUACAGCUCAGAAGGCGCUUCUGGCAGUGUCAGCUUUGUUGCUCGUGGCAAUCUUCAGUUUCACCUGGCCACAGGUGCAGGAGGCAGAAGUUGAUGUGGUUCCGGAAGCUAGGCACCGGACUGGCAAAGGAAAACACAAGAAGCACAAGCGGAAAGAGCAAGGUGGAACACAGGGUGCAUCAAAGAAUGAUGUGCCAUCGGUUCAAGCAGAGAAGCAGAUGCUAAAAGAUGUUGAGGGAAAGGACAAUGAAGAUACGGUCACGCAGGUCAAGCCGCAGGAGCCAGCUGUCCUGGAUCCGGAGGCGCAGCCUGCGUGGAUCUUUUGCGCGGGACAAUGGCAGGAGUGCAUUUGUGGAGGGCGCGUGAAGUGGGGCAACGAUGAGAAGUGGCAGAUCAUCGAGCUGCCAAAGGACAAACAGAUGCAGAAAGUCGUGUGCAGCAUAGACGUGUUGGGAGACAUCAUCCCUGGUGAUGGUGGCAAACACUGCCAAUGCGAGGUCACGCCUGGCA